CCACCAGUCACAUGGAUGUUAACGGUGACCCGUCGCUCCCUCGGUUUUGUGGCACUCGCUCUCCAGUGCGCCUUCGGUAACGGACGCGUGACGAAACAGUCUGAGGCGCAUCAUUUCUCUCUGAAGUGACUGGGUUUUAUUGCCUAUUCAAGCGGAAAAAAAUCUCCCCGGAAUCCGCUGAAGCCGCCGGUAAACGAUACUCUGUGAACCGUGUUAUUUAUAGUCCCCAACCGCAGCGAUGAGUGGAUGCCAGCCGGAUCUGAGACCGACUACAUGAAGACCCAGCUCGGCGCUAAGCAAGAAUGAAGUCUCGGCGAGAUAAACUGAAAAUCCCCUCUCUGACUCUGGACUUGUCGCCCACAUGCCAGAGCCCCACCCUCCUGAGCCCGUGCAGCCCCUGCAGUCCCUGCAGCCCCUUACAAACUCUUCAUCCCUGGAGCUGUCGCAGCAGCAACAGGAAGAGCCUUGGAGUCGGGACUCCAUCGCCAACGCUGUCCCGGCCGCUCUCCCCGCUCUCGCUGCACACCGCUGCCAGCAGCCCUCUGGACAGCCCGAGAAAUGUGUCAACCAGUGCCUGCCUCAACUUUCCCUUUGCCCGAAGUCACAUGGCUCGUGCCGACAGAGCUGAGGGCCGGAGAUGGUCCCUGGCAUCCCUCCCCUCUUCUGGCUAUGGAACCAACCCGCCGAGCUCCACUGUCUCCUCCUCCUCGUCCUCCCAGGAGCGCCUUCACCAGCUUCCAUACCAGCCGACACAAGAUGAGCUGCACUUUCUCUUUAGACACUUCCGCAGCACGGACAGCAUGGCUGAUGAAGAUGGGCGGCCAGCCACGGUCAUUAGACCUCGAUCUCGGAGCCUCAGUCCUGGACGUUCGAGCGUCUCCUUCGAUAAUGAGAUCGUUAUGAUGAACCAUGUUUACAAAGAACGCUUUCCAAAGGCCACAGCCCAGAUGGAGGAGCGCUUGUUUGAGAUAAUCACCCACCUCUCUCCAGACAGCUCCCUCCCGCUGGCCGACGGCGUGCUGGGCUUCAUCCAGCACCAGUUGGUGGAGCUGGUCAGAGACUGCCUGGACAAAUCCCAGAAAGACCUGGUUACUUCACGCUACUUUGCAGAGCUGCAGGAGAAGCUGGAAAAGCUGCUUCACGAGGCCUACGAGCGCUCUGAAAGCGAGGAGGUACCCGUCAUCAUCCAGCUGGUGAAGAAGAUCCUGAUCAUAAUCUCUCGGCCAGCUCGCCUCCUGGAGUGUCUGGAGUUUGACCCAGAAGAGUUCUAUCACUUACUCGAGGCCGCAGAGGGUCAUGCCAAAGUCGGACGGGGAAUCAAAACAGACAUCCCGCGGUACAUCAUCAGCCAGCUGGGUCUGACAAGAGACCCAUUAGAAGACAUGGUGCAGCUUGACCAGUAUGAUGCCAGUCAUUCCAUGUCAACGGAAGCAGAUGCUAAUGUGGAGAAUAAGGCCCCACAGACGCUGACACCAACUAGAAGGAAACCUCUUGAGAGAGAUUUUGAAACCAUCAAACUCAUCAGUAACGGAGCUUAUGGGGCUGUGUAUCUUGUCCGGCACACGGAGACCCGCCAGCGGUUUGCCAUGAAAAAGAUAAAUCGACAGAACCUGGUCCUGAGGAACCAGAUCCAGCAGGCUUUUGUGGAGCGCGACAUCCUAACGUUUGCUGAGAACCCCUUUGUUGUCUCCAUGUUCUGCUCUUUUGAGACAAGGCGUCACCUGUGCAUGGUCAUGGAGUAUGUGGAAGGUGGAGAUUGUGCCAACCUGCUUAAGAACAUGGGCCCGCUGCCGGUAGAAAUGACACGAUUGUACUUUGCCGAAACAGUCCUGGCCCUAGAGUACCUUCACAACUAUGGUAUUGUGCAUCGAGAUCUCAAACCUGACAAUUUGUUGAUUACAUCAAUGGGUCACAUCAAACUGACAGACUUUGGCCUUUCUAAAAUUGGCCUGAUGAACAUGACCACUAACCUGUAUGAGGGUCACAUGGAGAAAGACACAAGAGAGUUCAUUGACAAACAGGUUUGUGGCACUCCUGAGUACAUCGCCCCAGAGGUGAUCCUCAGGCAGGGCUAUGGGAAGCCAGUGGACUGGUGGGCGAUGGGGAUUAUCCUCUAUGAAUUCCUGGUCGGCUGUGUUCCAUUCUUUGGAGACACACCUGAGGAGCUUUUCGGACAGGUUGUCAGCGAUGAAAUCAUUUGGCCUGAAGGUGACGAUGCUUUACCCACUGAGGCCCAGGACCUGAUCACCCGCUUGCUCAGACAGAGUCCUUUAGACCGACUUGGAACUGGUGGAGCCUCAGACGUCAAACAUCACCCCUUCUUCCUGGGUUUGGACUGGAACGGACUCCUGAGGCAGAAAGCUGAAUUCAUCCCUCAGCUGGAGGCGGAGGAUGACACCAGCUACUUUGACACUCGAUCAGAGCGUUAUCAUCACUUAGCGUCUGAUGAGGACGAGGAAACUAACGAUGAAGAGUCUUCCCUGGAAAUCAGACAGUUUUCUUCCUGGUCCCAUCGCUUCAGUAAGGUUUACAGCAGCACAGAACAUCUGGCAACGCCAUCCAACCUGAGCUUCUCCUCUGACCGCAGCCACAGUGAGGAAAAGGAAGACCGUGGAGACACGGGAGGGACCAGUCUCUCCCCGAGCCCGGCUGAAAACAGCGUGGAGCAAAAACAUGCCGGACGCAUGGCCAGCCUUCGCCCUCGGGCCUCCUCCAGCUCCUCCCAGUCUGAGAGGAGUACCAGUCCUCUGGUCAUGAGCAGCACCCACAGCCUGGAGACGAUGCCCCGCUUUGCUCUUUCCACAGAUGAUGAAGCUGAGGUGGUUGUGUCAAACCUUCGGAGGAUCAGGAUUCGCAGUAACAGCACUGGAGCCAAACACUCAUCCCCCAAAGAACCGGCCGUCCCUCGACGCUUCGGGAACCAGCUGGAGACACCAGAUAGACAGAGGCUUCCCUGUGGAGGGAAGGUUCCUAAAUCAGCGUCUGUCUCAGCUCUGUCUCUAAUCAUCACGACAGAUGACUCGCCAGGCGGACUUCAGCCCAGCCCGAUCUCCCCACGCUCUCUCUCUUCCAACCCUUCGUCCCGUGACUCCUCCCCCAGCCGGGACCUGUCACUCAGCCCCGGCAGCUACAAGCCUCCCAUCGUCAUCCACACCUCUGGAAAGAAGUAUGGCUUCACCCUGCAGGCCAUCCGGGUCUACAUGGGCGACAGCGAUGUCUACACAGUGCAUCACAUGGUGUCGAGUGUGGAGGAGGGCAGCCCGGCCCACCAGGCAGGUCUCUGCACUGGAGACCUCAUCACCCACGUGAACGGAGAGUCUGUCCAAGGCCUGGUCCACACUGAGGUGUUAGAACUACUGCUGAAGAGUGGCAGCAAGGUGGCGCUGCAGACGAUAGCGCUUGAGAACACGUCAAUCAAAGUAGGUCCAGCUCGAAAGACCAAACACAAAGGCAAGAUGGCACGGCGCAGCAAGAAGAGCAAGAGGAGAGAUAACUAUGACAGGCGACGAAGCAUCUUGAAGAAGCUCUCAAAGCAGAGCACAGUGAUGCACAGCAGCCGCAGCUUCUCCUCAGGACUCCACCACUCUGUUUCCUCCAGUGAGAGUCUUCCAGGCUCCCCGACACACAGCCUCUCCCCCGGCCCCUCCACACCGUGCCGGAGCCCUGCACCAGACCAUCAGACCUUUGAAAAUAAUUCUCCUCAGAGCACGUCUCCCUGCUCCAGCUCUCCCAGUUCCCCAGCUGCACACAUCCGGCCCAGCUCUCUGCACGGCCUGGGCUCUAAACUCAGCACGCAGCGCUACUCAAAGGUAGGCCGCCGGAAGUCAACCAGCAACAUCCCCCCUUCACCUCUGGCCUGCAACUCCUCGUCUUCCACCCAGCCUCUUUCUCCGCAGCGAUCUCCCUCUCCACUCUCGGGCUUUGCAAAAACCCUUCACGCAUACCAUGGUAAAACGCUGUCCCCACCCACCAUCGUUAGACACAUUGUCCGGCCCCGAAGUGCAGAGCCGCCUCGGUCUCCCUUGCUGAAGAGGGUGCAGUCAGCUGAGAAGCUCUCUGGUGUGUACCAUGCUGAUAAGAAGUCGUAUGCACCCCGCAGGCACACAUUGGAAGUGCCAUUUUACGGUGAGGCAGACCUACUGGGCGACUCUGAGGCAGAGGUUGCCUGCGGAGGGUCCUACAUCGGAGGGUACAUGGGCAGUCAGAGGUUGGAACGUUCCGAGCAGCUUGUUGUGAUGCGAAAACUCAACCUAUCAGAGCGGCGAGACUCCUUUAAGAAACAGGAGGCGGUGCAGGAAGUGAGCUUUGAUGAGCCGGAAGAGAAAACCAGCACCACAGUCACCGUGACAACAAUAUCUCCAGGAAUUCAAACACAACAACAGCAGCAGCAGCACAAGAUGGCCUGGAUCCUCACCGGACCCCAAACCAGUGAGGAUGUGGAGCUGGAGGUGCCAGUAGUGAGGAGGUUCACACUGGUGCCUCAGAUCGCUGUCCAGGGCUCCACAGAGAGUGAGGGCCAGGACGAGUGGGAGCCGUGUUCAGAUGGAGAGGGGACCAACGAGAAACCGGAGCUGGAGGUGGGAAUCACUUCAUCUCAGCCUCAACAGGUGGGACGUCCUCCUGCUGAGACGAGCUGCAGACAGGCAGCAGAGACCUCCUCCUCCUCGGGUCCUCAGGUUGGACCCUCAUCAGAGUGCAGAGACGAGACUGAGAAAAAAGGGCCUCAGAGAAAGUGACAUCACAGCACGGCCCUCAUUUCAACUGAUCAUAUCUUUCUUUCAAGUGUUUAAAAAAAGUGGUGACCUCGUCAACAAAGUUGUCAUGCUGACAGAGAGAGUGGAGGAAGUUUUUACUUGAAUUUUGUAAUUGUAAAUAUUUGCCUUGAGGCAUUGCAGACGAUCGGGUGUUAUUUAUUACAUUUGUGAACUAUGAUGAUUAAUAAAGGGAGAGAGGAAAGUUAACAUUGGUUGUAUAGCCAAGGCUCAACAUUUUGUAUCCAUACUGUACAAAUGUGUUUUUAUGUCUUUGGACUGGAUUGGGAUUUUUUUUUUUUUUUUUUUAUAAAUGUCUAUUUUUUAAAGAAUUACUGCAGUACAGAAUUUGAUAUUUGAUAACGUUGGGUGUAGUUGUUGAAGGACCAAAAGGUACAAGAGGUCAUUUCUGAAUCUGAAUUUGUGCUUAUAUUUUUUUCUUCCUUACAUUAUCAGUACAGCUUCCAAUGGUGUUUUACCGCUUUUAUUUAGAUCUCCAAAAAGAAACAACCUAAGAAUUAAUUUUGGUUCACACUGUGAGCAACAUGAUUUAUGUUUCAUUUUCUGAUCAGCCAGGCUUAGUCUGUAAUGUACAACUAAAAUCCUCAUUAUCUGCUGUGUUGGGUUGGCAUUCAAUCCUACAAGAGAACACUAAAGUUACCAUUCACUACUUUGCAUAUUGGGGAAAAUGCUCACAUUUAAAUAUUUCUUUAAACUGUGAAGCUUUGCAUGCCUGAAGUCCUCCCAUCAUCCCUUUCUCUGGACAACUAUUGGUUAUAAAACAAACACACAAGUAGGGACAGAGGAUGUGCUGCAUGAAAAGCUUAAUGUGGCCAAUGUUUCUCUUGACAACUUGUCACACUUUCAGAAAUAAAAGUACUUCCACUGACUCGCUGAUCAUGUUUCUUGCAGGGUGAAUCCAAAGUCAAACUUUAAAAGUUGAUACACUUGAUGAAGCUGACUCAUAAAAAGGGUAUUUAUUAUGUGCCAUGCUGUCAGUGCAUUGUCCUCAAAGCCAUAUCUUUGACGAGUGAAACCUCAGUUUUAUCCAUGUGUUGUUCGUAAUCUCAGAAUUAACAGGCUUCUUAGUUGUUUUUUUUGCGUUCUUGACAACAUGUACUGAAAAUGAAGCUCUGGAUGAUUGCAGAACGUAACACUCUGCUUUGUGGCUAUUCAAUCCAAACUUUGUAAUACCACAAAGAAGUAUCUGAAAAAUGUUUGAUUACUUAACACCUGCUCGCAUCUGAAAUCGAUGCGUCAUUAUGGCUUUUCCUCUCGCUGUGAUAACGUAAUACUCAUAGCAUGCAAAACACUGAGCGGCCAAAAUCAAAGUCUUUGUCUUCUGAGCAUGGAGGGAAUCAUUUUUGUUCAAAACCUUUUGGAAUUUAUUUGUUGGUCUAAACUUAUAAGACAUUUUGUACCUGGAAAUGUAUUUGAUCCUUGUAUAUUUUUGGAGUAUUUUUCUGAAACUGUAGCUUUUGUCUUUGGUUUCUAUUUUUUUUUUUUUCAUGAGCAUGCAGGAGAUGCCAUGCGUAAAAAAUGUAUUCCUACUUUAUUUACCCUGUAGUGAUGUUUACAUCAAGGGGAAAAGUGCACUAAUGUAUUUUUGUAGGUGACUGUUGAAAGUGAACUAAAAUUGGCAGAGUGAAACACUUCCAUUGAAUCCAAACCCAGGGCUGCUUUGAACAAAUGUUUUAUGUCUUUGUAUCGUACAAAUAUUGAUGUAUAUUUUGAUAACAAGUUGUGUGUAUAACUCUUAAUGUGUUCAAGGACAGUAUGCACAAUGACAACUGAGGCAUGAGGAUUUAAGGAACUCUGACUGGAGGGAAAUCCCUGUAGAAAUUCAGAACAGUAUUUUACAUCCACUGGAUGGUCUUCACAUUUUACCACCGCAGUGACAGAGGUUUAAGGUCUGAUUUGAUAGUUAGCUGUUGCUGGAUUUUGUACACACUUACUGUUGAGUCUUGUGUUGAUAAAGCUCCAUAAUUAAAGUCCUCCUUACAAAAUGCCCCUACAUCUCAUGCUGAUGUCCUUAUGGGAUGCUGUCAUAUAAAAUUGUUUACAAUGAAUAGACAUGCUAUGUACUGUACAGACAGUUUUUAACCUGUGGCUGUAUAUGAUGAAACUACUCUCUUUGAUACCAUUGAAGAAAACCACACUCAGAAGUAACAUAUCUGAUUUGUUUUUGUUUUGUUCUUUUUGAAUCUGUUCAUAACGAGUAAGAGUAAUUUAGCACUAAGCUGAGAAGCUUUUAGCGAUUUAAAUGCAUUUAAUUGACCAGUCAGGUCUGCUUUUGUAGAUUUCAGUGAAUGGAGAAAAACAGUUUUAUAACUGGGCUAAGGGAUAAAAUGAGACAUGGUUAACAGAGCUGAAUGUCUGUGGUGGAAAAAUAGUUUUGUUUGAACAUUUGCACAUUUAAAAAAAGAUGUCAUACAGUAAUGCUGCAGAGGGAUGAUUUAAAACUACUCUACGUGCUUUCUUAUGUAACACAACAACAUCAAAUCAAACUAAAAUAGCCAAUUCAACAUUUGAAUGUUGAAUUUUACAACAUUUACACAAUUCAGACCAAUUUGCACAGACAGCCGGUACUCUGACUGUAUUUUUAAAAGGCUUUAUAGUUCAAGUAUAACUUUGCUUCAAAAUGUAUAAAUGGGAAUAAUCUUCACAUAGCAUAUCGACUGAUUUCUUAUAUGAAUGUAAUUGUAGUUGAUGCCUGGUUGAUUUCUACUUGGUGAAAGUCUGUGCUGCCUCGGUAACAACAUGUAACAGUGAUGUGACUGUUUCAAUGUAAAGAAAACGUCAGCCACUGGUCAGCAAAGAUUCUCAGCUUGUGUUAAAUCUACUCUUCAGAACAAACUGGCAGGAUAAACUGUUGUACAUCUGCACGAGUUCUCCUGUUGACUCCUCUGUUCAGUGCAUGCUGCAUGAAGACAAGCACACAUCUGUAAUACUUGAUGCAUGGUAUACCGGCGCUGUCGGCCUGUACUGUGUUUUCUUGUGCAACAAAUAAAAUUUGUAUUUCUCUUUGA